AUGCAGGGAAUACAGGGUGGAGAGGAGGAAUGUGCUGUCUUAUUAAGGCGAGAGCAGCUAGGAGUGCAUGGUGUCAGCAGGCUGGACUCUGCUGAUAUAGAGGUCACAGACAGUUGCCUGCCUCAAGCUCCUGUUGUCAGACACCAGUGCCAGUCAGAGACCCUGGGUAGGAGUACAACUCUGCCCAGAGCGACCCAGGAUGACGCACGUUGUGCUUCGAAACCACCCCAGACCUCUGGUGGGUUCUGUGUGGAGUUGAUCCGCGGUCCCGCGGGAUUUGGCCUCACUUUUAGUGGCGGUCGAGAUGUUGCCAGGGACGUGCCACUGGCCGUGCUCGGGCUGCUGGAGGAUGGGCCGGCGCAGCUCUGUGGUCGUUUGCAGGCCGGCGACCUCGUGCUCCACAUCAACGGGGAGUCCACGCACGGCCUCACGCAGGCCAGGUCAGAGCGGAUCCGCUCUGGUGGCCCCCGCCUACGUCUUGUGCUCCGCAGGCCUUUUGAGACCCACCCCGGCAAGCCUGAGGGGUUGAGAGGGCCCCAGAAAAGAGUCCUGCCAUUCCUAGAUCGCAGCCUGGAUCCUAGGGAACUGGAGGUAAGGAGGUCUUGCAGCGCCAGCGCUUCCCCACUUCAGCACCCAGGUUCCCGGACGACGGCCAGGACCCAGGGCCUCCCAGAGCCUAGCUCAGAGGCGGCGGUCAGCGUUGCAGCGGUUUCUCCUUCUGAGCGCCACACGGAAGACCCCGACGACCAGUCUCCCAGCUCCCCGGGACCCUGGCUGGUGCCCAGCGAGGAACGGCUCUCGCGGGCCCUCGGGGUCCCCAGGAGCUCGCAGCUUGCUUUGGAGACAGCAGCCUCAAGGCAGACGCACUGAGUGAACAUCCGAAGGCCUGGUGCUCACUUGGUACAGCCCCGCCCACCGCAAACUAGCAAGGUCUGGAGAGCUCCCACUUACUCUGGUGCCCCUCCUGCUGCGCAGUCGACCAGCCCGCCAUCCCCUUGCGGCGUUAGUGGUAUGGCUCUUCCUGACAGCCCGCCCUGCGCUUCGAGUCCAGAACGGAGGAAGUAAUAAAAUAGUUUUAUCCAGUCUGGACUUGCCAGGUGCUCUAAGCAGGGUGGGGCUGCCCAGGCCACCCUGUAAAGGAGCGGUGGGCCAGACUGGUUUCUAGAUGAGACUCUUCUCGUGCUGUUUGUUUCAUGCCUCCUGAUGGGUGUUUGUUGCUGCCUGUCCCUAGCUGGGCAUGCUCUCUCCACACUUCUUUUCUCUUCAUCAACUCCUGCUCCUCUGUCCAUUCACACAUUUCACUUUUUUUGAGGUGCGCGGGGCUCACAGUGCGCGGGGUGGAAAAUGCAAAAGUGGGCUUGUUGUGGCGGAAGUGCACCAGUAUACCCGCAGCCCCCGCCUGGAAUCGUCUAGACCGUCAGCUAACGUCCAGAUAGCAUGGCUAGAAGCAGGGUGGCUUCUUUCGCCAGGAGCCUGCGGUCUCCCGCUUCCGGCCUCGUCUGCCAGCUUUCGCUGGCACGUAGCCUGCCACGGCGGGGGGAGGGGCACGGGAUGGGGCCCUGGAGCCCCCUUUGGGGUGGAGACUGGAAGGUGUGAGUCAGCGACCCCAGGCGGGCCGGGCUAAAAAAGGCUGUUAAAAACUUUGGGCCACGCCCAUCUCUUCCAUAGAUGGUGACAAACUGCAGCGGACUGAACUUGUGUGCACACGCCACCCACUUGGCGUUCCGGUCCCAGGAGAGGCCCAGAGGCUCCUCUACCCUGGGAACAGAGCCCUACAGCCUUGGCUUACAUGCCCAGCGGGACUCCAACCAUAGUAUCCACGCUCUGGCUGAGGCCAGAAAUGACCAAGCACCUCUGCUGUCACCACAUCCUGAACACUUGGUUCCAUCCCCUCAACGAAAGAAGCUGUGGUCGGCCUGGAACAGGCAACUCUCGCCCCUAUUGUGAGAGAAGAAGGGGAAGAGAAAUAAACGGCCCUGAGUGUGAGAGUCCAGGGUGGCACUGGUGAGGAGAGAGCAGCUGAAGAGUCAGGCUGGGAGAGCUGGGAGUUGGGGGAUAAAUAGGUGAACACUGGGAUGGUUAGUGUUGUAAACAUUAUAGGGGAGCAUGUUGGGGCUUCCAGCUACCCCUGAUUCAGCCUGCCAGAGGUGUGGCUCUACCAAAGUCAGGAAAGGGCCCCAGAGCCCCAGUAUUAAUAAACACAGUCACACCCAGGAGACUAAUAAUAGUAACCCCAGCCACCAUUUACUUUGUCUUAUCCCUGCUACAGGCUUUACUCUAUCUCUUUUCAUCUCCUUACAUCUAUUCAACAACUCUCAUGCAUUCAUUUCGCAGAGGAGAGAAGAUAGCAACCCUACAGAACAGAGUAGAACUGCCCGGUAGAGUUUCCAAGGAGCGCCUGGCAGAUUCGAGCUGCCCACCCUUUGGUUAGCAGCCAUAGCACUUAACGACUACACCACCAGGGUUUCCAAGUGAGGCCUAGAGAGUGUAAAUACUUUGAGGGAGGGGUUGAAGGGAGAUUUAAUCAAGGCCUGAUUCCCAAACCUGUCCUCUUAAUCUCACCUGCAUUUGACAAGUAUUAAUUGAGCCCCAACUAUAUAUCUUGCACUGUGAUAGGCACUGGAGAGUCGGGGGGAACAAAUCAGAAAGAUUUCUACCCUUGCAUAGCUGAUGUAGUUCGGGUAAAUAGAUGUUAGACAAGAAAAUGAAUAAAUAAAAGAUAAUUUCAGAGAGAAAUGAGAGAUAUGAAGAUAGCAAAAGAAGGUUAUAUUGGGGGAGGUAAUGAUUGGGAGUUUCCGGCCUCUUUUAAUAUAUGACAUUUGAGCUGGGACCUGAAUGACCAGAAUACAGAGGUAUGAAGAGCUAGGGAAGGGCAUUGACAUCAACGAGAACAGCAAGUGCAAAGGCCCUGAGGCAGCACCAAGCUUGUUCUGUUCCAGAAACUCAGGUAUGUCCUCACAGAAUUAGGAAGCACACAUUCAGCACUGGAAAAAUAUGUUUCAUCCCUUCCACCAUCCAAUCACUCAGCACCCUGGGCUUUGAGGGGCCCUGGAUUGGGAGUGAGAGCAGGAAGCCCCUUGGGUUGAACAGUCUUGGCCUUCCAGCAAUGAUUUUCCCCACCUCAAAUGAGAAACCAAAGUCCAGUCUGGAGAGCAUGCCCCUAGGCACAUCUCAGGGAAUCUUGUUCUGCCUGACCAAGUGCAGUGUCAGAUGCAGAAAUUGAGGCUGGGCCAGGAGAAAUUACUUGAUCAAAGUAACACACUGCAAAUGUCACCAGCAUUAUCACACCCCAGGAGCCAUGCCCUCAUCUUGCCAAGCCUUCAGCAAUAAACCUGUGCUCCUUCCCCAUCCCUCAUCUAGAUAGGGCUCAGCUGACAGCCCCUCCCCUAAGAACCAGGAAACUGAGACCCAGAAUUUAUGGCAAAGAUAUGCAGAUCUAAGAACGGAGAAUCAGAUCCUGGGUCCCAUGGGCUCUGACACUAUUAAUAAUGUUCACAGCCAUUUACUGAAUGUUUGAUACUAAUCAGGCUAUGUUCUCAGCUUUUACACACUCUCAUUUCAUCUCCCAUCACUUCGAAGAGGUUUAUCCCACAUUCCACGAUCUUUCAACUGCAAUUCUGAAGUCCAAAAAGCUCUGGAAACCGACAGUUUUCCCACAAGUUUAGCAUCAUUUGGUUACAAAACCUGACCUGGCCUAACAAGGGACAACUUUGAGCCUUACUUACCUUACUUACUGUGAACGUUCAUAACUUUCCUUGAGGAAAAAGAAACGUGUUCGCUUCCUUUUUUUUUUUUAAUGGGCAACUCUUGACCCCCUGAGAGUGUUAAAUAGUAUACUGUAUAUGCAGCAGGGAAACUUCCUCAAAUUCGAAAUAUUCCAAAUUCCGGAAACGUACCUAGCCCCGAGUCUUUCAGGUUUAAUCUUGAUCGUUUUUUACAGCUAAAGAAACUGAGUCACUCUCACAAAGUCAGAUUCCACCGUUCUGAGUUGAGGCAGCCUCCAGCGCAUUUGUCUACAAAAGGCGAAGGGUCUCGCGAUUAUCGCACCUGGUACUUCGAACUGCCAAGCCUCAAAGGCAGGAGCCCUUCAGAGAU